AUGGAGAUUCCUGCUGCUGCUGGUGAAUCAGUGCUUGGUACAAUCAAAAUCGCUGUGAUGCCAAUUGCCAAGGUUUUUACCAUGUGCUUCUUGGGUCUUCUCAUGGCCUCUAAAUACGUUAACAUUUUGCCUCCCUCUGGCCGUAAACUCUUGAACGGGUGGCAUCUUCCGAAUGUUGUUCUUGGCACCAUCUCAGGCUCGAUAAUCGGUUUCAUUGUUGCUACCAUCAUUCGUCCGCCAUACCCUUAUUUCAAAUUUACAAUCAUACAAAUUGGAGUUGGUAACAUUGGCAACGUACCUCUUGUUUUACUAGCGGCCCUAUGUAGGGAUACCUCCAACCCUUUAGGUGACUCCGAAAAAUGUAGCAUUGAUGGCACUGCUUAUAUAUCCUUUGGUCAAUGGGUUGGUGCCAUCAUCCUCUACACAUAUGUGUACCAGAUGUUUGCUCCUCCUCCAGAAGGGUUUGAUGCUGAAGAAGAAAAUCUUCCUUUGAAAAACCUGCCAGUAGAUGCUGCUCCAGAGCAAGUCCCCUUGCUUACUCAGAAUUUCCCCAAGGACAUUUCGCCUGCUCAAGUUCGCCUGCCUGUACAGAACACCGGACCUAGAGGAAGAACGGAUUCAAGGAAAAGCAAGAUUACACAGAUCUUUGUUUUCCUCUAUGAGAAGUUGAAACUGAAGCAAAUUGUUCUGUUCAUGUAUUAUCUGUCAAUCCGAUGAUCAAGACUCAUAAGAGACCAUGCGAUUGCCUUUACCGUGUAGCUAAACUAUACAUCAACAUACUCUUCUGAA